AGCGCAUCGACGGCCGCCACCCUCACGGUGGGCAUCCGCGUGCGGCCUCUCGUGCGGGCGGAGAUCGCAAGGGGCGGCCGGCGGGACAUCAUCCGCGUGCUGGACUCACGCGUGGUGGUGGUGCUGGACCCCGAUGAAAACAAGGAUUAUUUGGACCAGGUCCAGAACCGGACCAAGGAGAAGCGGUACACAUUUGACAUCGCCUUUGGAACCUCGGCCACCAAUCGCGACGUGUACAACGGCACUGUGCGGGAAUUGAUCGGUGGCGUGUUGCAGGGAAUCAACACCACAGUAUUUGCUUACGGUGCCACUGGCAGCGGCAAGACCUACACGAUGGUGGGCACCCAGCAGGACCCAGGCCUGAUGGUGUUGUGCCUUGAGAAGAUAUUUGCUGACCGGGACACCUCCCACCGGGAUGAGGACUUCUGUGUUACCUGCUCAUACCUGGAGGUCUACAACGAGAUUAUCUACGAUCUGCUUGUGAAGAGCUCCUCCCCCCUGGAGCUGCGGGAGGACCCCGAGCUGGGGGUGGUGGUGGCGGGGCUGAAACACAUUACUGUUACGUCGGCAGCGGAGAUCAUGACUCUGCUGGAGGAGGGCAACCGGAGGCGUAAGACGGAGGCCACGGACGCCAACGCAUCAUCCUCGCGAUCGCACGCGGUGCUGGAGAUUACUGUCAAGCGCACUCCGAAGAACCAUUACAAGGUGACGCAGCUGCGAGGCAAAUUAUCCCUAGUGGACCUGGCGGGCUCCGAGCGAGCUGCGGAAACCAACAACGCGGGACAGAAGCUGCGAGACGGUGCCAACAUCAACCGAUCGCUGCUGGCGCUGGCCAACUGCAUCAAUGCGCUAGGGAAGGCCAACAGCGGCAAGUCGGCAGCGUCGUACGUGCCGUACCGGAACAGCAAGCUGACGCGACUGCUCAAGGAUGGUCUGAGUGGCAAUUCCCGCACCGCCAUGGUCGCCACCGUGUCGGGCAGCUCCGACCAGUACCACCACUCCAUCAACACACUCAAGUAUGCGGACCGGGCCAAGGAAAUCAAGACGCAUGUGGUGCAGAACGUGGGCACCGUGGAGUCGCACGUGGCCGACUACCAGCGCAUCAUCGACAACCUGCAGAGCGAGGUGCAGGACCUCAGGUGGGCCUCCGGGGGAGGGGGACGGUAA